AGAAAAAAAACCCCUGUGUACAUUGAAGAUAUAUCACCUUUCAACGAGACUAUACUAGUCACUCAGCAGAAACGAUUUGACCUUGGUUUUCAACGGAUCCAGAUGUGUCUGUUGAAUAUCCUAGGCUUGUUUACCUUACAUCGGAAAAGCGCGCUGUUAGCACUUCAGUUCAAGCAUCUCCAAAUUUCAGUCCAAAAAGAUCCUCGCGGGGGACCCCCUAUUCCAUUAAUUGAGCUGGGAACUGAUGCAACCAAAAGGUAUCUCGGCCUUACUAAACUGUAA